AUGAUCUCCCCUGGCGGAUUGAAAAAGUUCGAAAUGCCGAUGUUUGGCCGCCGGGAGACGACUCAACCAAAUUUAAGCGCUGCCCUGAUAAUACCUACUGUUGUGGCCAGAAUCUUGCAAUCGGACGCGGUAUUACCCAGGAUGAACUUCAUGACAAUUGCACACCCAUGUAAAAUAAGUUAAUCCAGAAAACCUGAUACGGUGUUUGGAAGGUUUUCUUGUUCAUGUUUCGUUUGGCAUCUUUGAGCCUGAGCUAUCACUUGAUUUGAUAACCUGCACAAACUCUCCACUUGAAGUUGGACCCACUUGUGCAAA